AUGACUGAGGCUACAGCACCAUUCCUACCACCUCCCCGCCGAGUUGUGACCGGCCACAACGCCAACGGUCAGGCAACGGUAGCCUUCGACUCCCACCUCACGCCCCAGCCCGUGGGAGAUGGCAACAACUUGACAAUACUGUGGUCAACGAGCGAACAUCCCGCAAACGUCAGUGACUCCGAAGAUGCUGCACUAUCACCUCGGAGUUGGCCACCCACGGGCACUGGAAUAUCCGCUUUUGAUUUGCCCCCCAAAGCAGAGGGAGUGCUCCAUCGCUCUAUUACGCUCGACUACGUGAUAGUCGGCAAGGGAAGCGUUGUUUUGAGCUUAGACGAUGGCUCAAAAGUCACAUUGAAUGAGGGCGAUGUGGUCGUCCAGCGAGCAACGAUGCAUGGCUGGAGCAACAUAACCGACCAGUGGGCACGCAUCUACGGAAUGAUGGUCCCUGCGCAAGCGCCGAUUGUGAAUGGGACGGAACUGAAGGAGGAUUGGCCUUUUUGAGACUUCGUUUGCUCGUUUGGUUUACAGGCGUUUGGUCGCUCACCUGAGAAAGGGGUUUCUUCUGUGUUAUUCAACGAAUUUAUCACUUGGACAACUAUGUUGAUCUCAGAUGCGGAACGAGAAGUUUAUGUUUCCCAAUUCGGUACAUUUCGCCACAGCUGUUUUGAAGUGCCCUUCGGGGUUAGGAGCCAGCUGGGUAAAGUUAUUC